AUGUUAUCGUUACGAUUAGUCGGUCCUUUACGUACUGGAUCAUCAUUCUUAGCCCGUCGAUCGAUCACUACCUAUGUGGCGUCGUCACCUGGCCGAGCAUCAAUUAGGCUACGAUUACUGGCUGUCGCAACAGGAGCAGGAUUGUACACAGCUUUGCAUUUAAAAAGAGUGCACUGUGAAGCUCUUUUGGAAGAUCCGUGGCUGCUAACUCCACACGUGGUUGGUGCUAUGUAUUAA